AUGUUCCAAGUAUGGACAACAACACUGGAUUUGGUAAACAAUCAACUCAGUGGUCCCAUUCCGAGCGAAGUUGGACGUUGCGACGAACUGUCGUGGUUGCAACUGAUCGAGCUACAAUCAACUCUCGGGACAAAUUCCGACCGAGUUGGGUCUCUUGACCGACAAGGCGUUGCUUUGAAUGGCAAUCAAUUGACGGGGACACUGCCGGAAGAGCUGGGACUCUUGACGACGAAUUUGACAGUGUUGGUGUUGGACCGGAAUCAGCUCUCGGGAUCCCUGCCGCCCGCGCUCGGUCUCAUGAAUGCCCUGGAACGACUCAUUCUGGGGGAUGGCCUGGAGGACAGCGAUGGUCCCAGCAACCUUUUUACAGGAACCAUUCCCACGGAAUUGGCACUCUGUACCGACCUGGAUAUUACGAUUGGAUUUGGCCCAGUUGCCCUUUUUGGUGGGAACCCUACCCAUGGAAUUAUCCGAGUUGGCGCUGGAACGCUUGGGGGCGGUGGAUUUGCGGGGCAGUGGAGGAAUUACAGGGACCAUUCCAGAAGACUUGUGCUAUCUGCAGAAUCCAUCCUGUCGGUACGGGCACUAUUACAACACCAAUUGCUCUCUGCACUUUGA